AAUGGUCGAAAAUUUGGACUAAUUUUAAAUGAAAAAAUACCUUAAUGUCAACCUUGCACAAGCUGAUGAUUUUUCUUUACAUUUGAAUAACUCUUUUUGCUCUAUUUAUUCGCCUUAAUCAUUUGCUGCAAACACCUUAAAAACAUUUGGAGUCUAAAACCCUUAUGAUAGGGUUAACCAAUUUACCUAUCAUGACUUAAAAAAAUUCGAAUCUCUAUUAAAUAAAAAUUCCAGCCUAGCUACCUAAUAUAUCUAAGCAGCUUGCUUCAUUUGAACUUUAUGCAUAAUCAGCCAUUUGAUAAAAAUUGUUUUAUCCAAUGCUGUCAUUUGUGUUAAGAGGGGAC